CUUGGAACCUUAAUUUGAUAAAAUUUAUAUUUGGUAUGUGUAACUGGAUUUCAGGUCAAGAAAUGUGGAGAAAAUAUGAUAACACAAGCCAAAGUCACACUCUUCCCCAACCAAGAGAAGCUUAUGUUACUGUCCUUCAUUCAUCAGAAAACUAUGUCUGUGGUGCAAUAGCUUUAGCGCAAAGUAUAAUCAAAACUAACACCACGAAAGACCUCGUUUUGCUUGCCGAUGUCGACCGUAUAUCUCAAUACUUUCUUAAAGGUCUCCGAGAAGCCGGAUGGAAAAUCAAACCCAUUCGUCGAAUUCGAAGUUCUCACUCGAAAAGACACGCAUACAAUGAAUAUAACUACAGCAAGCUCCGAAUUUGGCAACUAAAGAAUUAUGAUAAAGUCAUGUUCAUAGACUCAGAUUUUAUUGUACUGAAAAACAUAGACAAGUUCUUCAAUUAUCCACAAUUAUCAGCUGUUAGUAAUGAUAAACACAUUUUCAACUCUGGAUUGAUGCUAAUUGAGCCAUCUAUUUGCACAUUUAAGACCCUAAUGAAGAAGAGAUUUUCAGUAGCAUCUUACAAUGGUGGUGAUCAGGGUUUUCUUAAUGAAAUAUUCCCGUGGUGGCAUCGUCUUCCGGGGAAGUUAAAUCACCUCAAGUACUUCGACGAUAUUAAUGAUCAAAUGCAUGAAAUCCCAGAUGAUUUGUAUGCUAUGCAUUAUCUUGGUUUAAAGCCAUGGAUGUGCUAUCAAGACUAUGAUUGUAACUGGGAUAGUCUAGAAUACCAAAUUUUUGCAAGUGACAUGGCUCAUGAGAGAUGGUGGAACGUUUACAAAGGCAUGCCCAAGAAACUGAAACAAUAUUGUUCGCUGACUUCAGAAAUGGCUGCAAGGAUACAGAAGCAUAGGGCCAAAGCAAAAAAUGCUAAUUUUGUUGAUGGUCAUUGGAAGAUCAAGGUAAAAGACCCUAGAAGACUUUCAAUAUUAUCAAUUUCCUGAUAUGAGACAAUGGAUUUAAUUUUGCUUAUGUAUAGUAAUAGCUUUCUAUUGCAUUGAUAAUGAAGUUUAUACUAAUCUUGUUAUU